GAAUUCGGCUGUACCCUGGCGCGCUGUGGAAGCCAUCUCCAAUUUAGCGAUCACAUAUGGAAACUGGAGACCAGAAUUUUAGGAAAAGAGAUUAAGGCAUCUCACUUUGGGGGGGGUGGGGGGUGUCUUUUUAUUUAUUUUCCCUUUUUUAAAAAAAACAAACCGCUGCAACUGGAACAGUUUUUUGAUCUCAAAAGGCAAGCCUCUCUUCCCGUGUGAUCUUUAUAAUUUACACACUUUUCCGUGAGCUUUCUUAUCUCCCUUUUUUUAUAUCUCUCCAUAUUCUCUAUUCACACAUGUAUCCAUUAUAUUAGUAGUGGAAUUACCAGUCGCACCCUCACACACGCGCUCCUGAGAAGCAGAAGUCGGUUGGGUGUUUAUAUAAUGAAGAAUUAUGGGGCUGUUUGAUCGAGGUGUUCAAAUGCUUUUAACCACCGUUGGUGCUUUCGCUGCCUUCAGCUUGAUGACCAUCGCUGUGGGAACCGACUAUUGGCUGUACUCCAGAGGGGUUUGCAAGACCAAAAGUGUCAGUGAGAAUGAAACCAGCAAAAAGAACGAGGAAGUUAUGACCCAUUCCGGAUUAUGGAGAACCUGCUGCCUCGAAGGGAACUUCAAAGGUUUGUGCAAGCAAAUCGACCACUUUCCGGAAGACGCGGACUACGAAGCUGACACGGCAGAGUAUUUCCUCCGGGCUGUGAGGGCCUCGAGUAUCUUCCCGAUCCUGAGUGUGAUCCUGCUCUUCAUGGGUGGUCUCUGCAUCGCAGCAAGCGAGUUCUACAAGACACGCCACAACAUCAUCCUGAGUGCGGGCAUCUUCUUCGUGUCUGCAGGUCUAAGUAACAUCAUCGGGAUCAUCGUGUAUAUAUCAGCCAAUGCUGGAGACCCCUCCAAGAGUGACUCCAAAAAGAACAGCUACUCCUACGGCUGGUCCUUCUACUUCGGGGCCCUGUCCUUCAUCAUCGCCGAGAUGGUCGGGGUGCUGGCCGUGCACAUGUUUAUCGACCGCCACAAACAGCUGCGGGCCACGGCCCGCGCCACCGACUACCUCCAGGCCUCCGCCAUCACCCGCAUCCCCAGCUACCGCUACCGCUACCAGCGCCGCAGCCGCUCCAGCUCGCGCUCCACCGAGCCCUCUCACUCCAGGGACGCCUCGCCCGUGGGCGUGAAGGGCUUCAAUACCCUGCCGUCCACGGAGAUCUCCAUGUACACCCUCAGUAGGGACCCCCUGAAGGCUGCCACCACGCCCACCGCCACCUACAACUCGGACAGGGAUAACAGCUUUCUCCAGGUUCACAACUGUAUCCAGAAGGACAGCAAGGACUCUCUCCACGCCAACACAGCCAACCGCCGGACCACGCCCGUAUGAAGACCGUGGGAUGGGGGGGCCUCCCGGGAAGCUUGGCCUGCGAGUGGGGGAGGGACCACAGCAGCCACGGGGAGACCUUCCAUACGCAAAAAAAACAAAAAA